GUGAUAUCUUCCCUUUGCACCUGUCUAAUACCAUAAAUCUCUCUAAUGUAUAAUUCAAUAGAUAAUUGCUAUCGUCGAGUCAACAUUCACCGCAGCGAGAAAUCCAAUGUAGAAAAUCAAUAACCAAUUAGUUAUCCUUGAGUGUUGUGCUGAGCAUCAUUUAUUAAACUGUUCCUACGUGUAGAAUAACUUUAUUAGUUAUUUUACUAGUUGCAUUCGAAGAAACGUAAUAACAUAUUGGCUCGCAGUAUCCUGUUUAUAUUGAUCUACCUCUUUCUACCGGUUAAAUUCUACCUUGUUCAAUUCAUCAUACGAACAGUUGCUUGAAAUUAUGUUGAAACAAAUGACACCGGAGAAGGCCGUCCAAUUCACAAAGUUCAGUAUGAUUUUGACCUUCUGCUGGCCACCUUCCAUCCACAGCAGCAGAACCAAAGUGCUCGUCUUCAAAGUCAUACAGAUCAUGAGUAUCAUUCAUGGUUUCAUACAGAUAUUGGCAUUUUUGCACACGAUUUAUUACCACUUGGGCAACAUCCUCCUUGUUUCAAAAUCCUUCUGCCUAUUGCUAGCCGCGACCGAAUGCAUAGUUCAGACUCUCGUAUGCUUCGUUAACCACAACUCCCUACAACGUAUAAUCGAAGAGAUAAUGAUCUGUCUCGAAGAAGCGAACCAGAGCGAAAGGGAAAUUUUCGACAAGUAUACCGCGAAAUGUUCCCCCUUUUACGGAGGAUCCAUAGUACUUAUAUACGGAACAGCCACUUUGUUUUUGUUAGGACCUAUAUUCAUGCCGAUUAACUUCCCAUUAGAUAUAGAAUAUCCAUUUGAAAUUGAUUACGCACCUGUUAAUGUUAUCAUAUACACUCAUCAGGCACUUACAGUCUACCAUUUCGGUGCACAUACAGCCCUAGGCAUAUUUGGAGCCCUUUUAAUCUGGUUCUCGGCAGCGAGGUUCGAAUGCCUGGCGACGGAAUUCAAGGAAUGCUUGAAUGUUCAUACGAUGAUCGUUUGUAUCAAGAAACAAUUAUAUAUAAGAAGGUGA